AUGGGCAAAUCAUGGGUUCCUCGUAUUCUGCGACCGGACUUCACCUGGCCUCGAUCCAUACGAGCCAUAUCCGAGGAGACUCCUGCUGUCCCCAAGGUCACGCAUCCCCUUGUCCGACGAUUCUGGGGCCUUGUCCAUCGACAACUUCUUCACUUCUCCUACGUCUAUGCCUCCUGGUUCGGCCUUAAACAUCUAGGUUAUAAAUCCACCUACGAGCUCCCUUUUGGCCUGAUCUUGAAAUGGGCACCACAUGUGCGCAUCGAAGAGGUCAUCGCCACGCAGUGGGUCCUGUGUUACGGAGAAACCCCAGGACAUGAGUCACCAGUCUCGAUCCUCAUGACCCGUCUGCCAGGCAAGCCUCCGUCAAAAAUGCCCCGAAGCUUCGACCCCGAGCUCGAGGUCCCCUGGGUGGAUGAACUGGCCCGCAGCUUGAAGGUGAUGCGUACAUGGCGGCCCAAUGGUUGGUCCAACGAAUCGCGCAUCUGUUCCGUGAUGGGCACCCGGAUCCAGGGCGCUCGGAUUCCACUCAACAAGAUGGGCCCUUUUGAGACCGAAAGGGAACUUCACGACUAUCUCUUGAGCGCCUGCUCAAGCCACGGCUUCGAGUCGAGGGCAGAUUACGACCGGACGGUGGUCGAAGCCAGGAAAAUCCUCACCACCCUUCCGCAUCGGAUUUGCUUUACUCAUGGCGAUCUCCACUCCCUUAACAUUCUGAUCGACGAGCACGGCAGCUUAUCAGGGUUUCUGGACUGGGACAGCGCGGGGUGGUAUCCCGAGUACUGGGAGUUUACGACCAUCAUGAGGCGGGGUCGGGGUUCUUGGUGGUGGCAAGUUCUUUCUUUUCUCGGCGGAAACGAGUAUCUGGAGGAAAUGGAGUGCGACAGAGCCUUGGAUAGGCUGACGGUGGACUCCUACUCGUGA